CUUCCUCACCAUGGCCUUCCUCUGGAUCAUUGCCUGCUUUGCGUUCCUCAGCACCGCCUACGGCUGCGGCGUUCCUGCCAUCCCCCCCCAAGUGACCGGCUAUGCCCGCAUCGUGAACGGCGAGGAGGCCGUACCUCACUCCUGGCCCUGGCAGGUGUCCCUGCAGCAAUCCACCGGCUUCCACUUCUGCGGAGGGUCCCUCAUAAACGAGAACUGGGUGGUGACCGCCGCCCACUGUAACGUCAGGACCUACCACCGGGUCGUCGCUGGAGAGCACAACAAAGGUUCCUCCUCCAGUGAGGAUAUCCAGGUGCUGAAGCCUGCCAAGGUGUUCACUCACCCCAAGUGGAACUCCUACACCAUCAACAAUGAUAUAGCCCUCAUCAAGCUGGCCUCCCCCGCCCGCCUGGGCGCCAACGUGUCCCCUGUCUGCCUCGCUGAGUCCUCUGAUAACUUCGCCCCUGGCUCCACCUGCGUGACCUCUGGAUGGGGUCUCACCCGCUACAAUGCUCCCAGUACUCCCAACAACCUGCAGCAAGCCGCUUUGCCUCUGCUGUCCAACGACGACUGCAAGUCGCACUGGGGCAACAAAAUCUCUGAUGUCAUGAUCUGCGCCGGAGGAGCUGGAGCUACCUCCUGCAUGGGCGACUCUGGUGGUCCUCUGGUCUGUGAGAAGGACGGAGCCUGGACCCUGGUGGGUAUCGUGUCCUGGGGGAGCAGCCGCUGCUCCACCAGCACCCCGGCCGUCUACGCCCGCGUCACUGAGCUGAGAGGAUGGGUGGAUCAGAUCCUCGCCGCCAACUAAAGGCUGAGGGGCUCAUUGAGGUGAUGCUCGCUGAAGGAAGCUAUGCUUCAAUA